GUGAUCGAUGACUCUUGAAGAUGGGAGUAUGACUUUUCGUUGUAGUUUAACAUAACCUCUCUUUUGCAAUGUCUAAGGUCUUUAGAAGUUUUUAAGAUAUGUGUGAAGUGUACAGUAUUGUAUUUUUAUACACUUCGUAAUUAUCAGUCGAAGUGUUCAGUCUCUGCUCUUUUUCAUACUUUGCAAUUGUUUAAGCAAAUAAGCGUAUACUUUGAGGUUAUGAAUGACCUUUCUGUAUUGUUUAUGAGAAAAUACAUUCUCGUUUUAAAUAUAUUUUUAUUAUCUGUAACAGAUAUAAUUUAUAUUUUAUUAUGAAGCGACGUCAAAGAAGGCCUGUUUUAGAACUUAAUCAAUCGCAAUCCGGUUUUCAUGGAGAACAUUUACAAAACAAACACAAACAUAUAAAUAGUGAUUACCCUGGACAAAACAUACCUACAAAUCCUCUGGCAAAUUUACUUUGUCACUAUAAUUCAGAUAGUGAUACUGAAGACUCAAAGAAAGAUUGCAAAUUAGAUGAUCAAGUUAAUAAUUUUUUUAAAGAAAUCCAACUGAUUGCACCCAAACAACCAGUCUCAAAUGAAUCUAGCAAUGUUGCCUUAACAACAAAUUCUAACACACGCUUAGCACAUUAUACAAAUCAACAAGCACUCAUGUGGAGAGAAUGCUUAGAUGAAUCUUCAGGUUAUCCUUACUAUUGGCACAUUGAGACUAACGAAGUAACCUGGGAAAUGCCAGAUGAAUUACGGUACUUAAAAAACAACAUUAAAACAAGCUCUGUUAUAAAACCACUUUCAAUGCAAGAGUCUCAUUGGGUUGAUUUCUCAUCAGUUACAUAUCAACAAUCCCAUGAAAAUAUACCAGAAGGUAUGAUUCCGCGGGAAGUGGUGGCUCGAAAUCGUAAUAGAUAUAUUUGCAAUGAAACUUUGCAGAAGCCAGAAUCUCAAACUGAUCCAGACACUGCUAACACAUCUGAUACCAUGGAUAACGAUUCUGAUGAUGGGAAAAUAGAAAUGAUCACAUCCUAUGGGAGUGAUGAAAGUGAUUCAGAUACAGUGGAUGAGAAUCGAUCAAAGUACGACAUGAAAGAAUCAUCGGUGAAAAGCACAAGUACAACACCAAAAUUGAGAUGCCCUGAAAAACUUUCUGCAUCAACCCCUAUAAUCCAACCACAGUUACUGACAAUUUCUCAGAAUACAAAUCAGAUGUACGAAAACAAAGGUACUGUAGAAGAAUCAAUGGUAGAAUCCGUGGACUCAAAACCAUCCGAUGAUGCAGAAGUUAAGUACUUAAUAAACCAAAUUAAACAAGAUGCUGUUCAAAAGAUAGAUUAUACGGAUAAAAUUAAUAAUGAUAAUCGAUUAAUGAAAGAAUCUGUAAUAAAGAAAAGCAGUAAUAAACACAGUGUUGAUUCCGAUGUAGACUUCCGCAUUUCUUUAGUGCCUGGUUACGAUGAAGAUUCAGAUGUUGAAGAAGAAUCUGAAGAUAAACAGGAGAGAAAAGCUCUAUUUCCAAUUCCUCAACCCAAAGAAACCAUAGACAGUAUGUUAUUAGGUAAAAUUGAUAGUGAUCAAAUAGCAGAGAGUAAUGACAAUGAAGAAAUUAAUGGCGAAAGGAAAAACGUACAAGAAGAUAAUGAAGACAUUCUAGAAAGGUUAGAAUGCAAAGAUGAUUCAAAUACUAAAACAGAGGAGGAUACGCAAAAAGGAAACAAAUUCGUCGAUAACGUACAUGGUCGGAAUAAAUUUUUUCAAAGGAAAAAACGUAUUGCAUUUGAUGUUCCAUCUACAAAGAUAAAAACAAAUAAUGAUAAUGAAACAAGUAAACUGGAAGUGGAGACCCAACGCGAGGAAAUAAACUCUUGCGACGAGCAUCUUAUUGAACCUCAGGUUGAUCAGCAAGAAGAACCAAACACUGCGAACGAGAACGUGGAAGAGAAUGUUUCAACUUGCAAAGAUGAGUCAAAUAGUACUGAAGGAGAAACAAGUACGUCAGAAACGAAUGGUGAAUCCAAAGAAGAUGAAGGGGAGGUUAAUCUACUAUCCCAGAUCAUACUUGAGAAAUUAAAGUUUUUAUCAGAAGGAAAACCAGGUGUAUCGCCAGUUCAAUUGAUGUCUAUUCAGCUACAAACAUUGUUUGUUGCAUGGGAAGCAGGUUGUUUAGAAAAGAAUUACUUACGUAGAUGGUUGAGUGACACCAGUCACGAAUUGGAACGCUUGGAACAAGAUGCAGCACCACCUGGAUGGCUAUGUCAGUGGGAUAGGUCGCAUAAGCGAUAUUAUUACCAGAACACUGCCACUGGAAUUACACAAUGGACUUAUCCGGAUACUGGCAUCGCCGGUGGAGCUGAAGAGAUGGAAAUUUGUUCCACGCCUCCUCCAGCUGAGCAAGAAGAUAUUAUUAUACCUGCAGAAGAAGAAGGACUAAGAUCAAAGUCAAAGAAAUCAGAAGGUGGAGAGACAACAGAGGACAUGACGAUGCCAAGGAACAGCGACAUAGAAGCUCCGCCUCCACCACAAAUUUCAAAUCCGAGCCCACCUCCACCCCCAAGAAUAUACGCGGAGGAUUUGAAGAGGGACAAAAGGAAACAAGAUAAGUGCAACGACAAAUUGGAUGAUAAGAGACCACGACUAGGAGAAGAGGGAGCAGCAGUCGCGGAAAUAAAACAAUUAGAAAAUUCUGUUGCCCCAUCCUCUGCCUUACUGUCGCCUCAGCCUGCCAAUCUUGCAAACGUAACUAACGCAGAACCCCUGCCACCAGGUGUUGAUUUAACAGAAGCACCUUAUGAGAUACCUGCAACUGCCCUGAAAAGAAUUAUUUAUGGCGCUGUGCAAUCACAAGGUGCUGCGCUCUACGAUGCAGCUGCGAGAGAUCCGACAGUUCCUAUUCUAAGUCAUCCAGCGACCAUAGUACAAGAACAUUAUCUUCAAUAUCCAGCAUAUCAUCAACACUUACACGCUCCAGCGGCCUUAGUACUUCCGCAUAAGCACAAUGUGCAGCCUGCGAUUCAGCUAAUACCUGACUACACUCCAAUAUAUACGAAUCAUAAGGUCAUUGAGAAGCCACCAGUUAAAACAGCGAAAGAAUCUUUAGUGUCUGCACUAGAUUCAUUUUACAAUGAUAUUGCGCGAAUAGAGAAUAUCGGAAUAGAGAAAGUUCCUCAGAGACAAGAUACUACGACUGUGGAACCGUCGUCCUUACCAACAGAGGAAGCCAAAUUAGAGACAGACCAAGAACCUAUCCCUGUUGAAACUACUGUGAAAGAAAAGAAAAGGAAAAGGACAAGGAUUGGUAUUAGUAAAAAGCAUAAAGAAGUCUCUAGUAUGGUUGCAAAAUGGCAAAAGGUGCAACAGAAUUUCGAAAAUACGUAAAUUGCUGCAACUUGCCGAUGUUUAGAUCACUCGACACAAAUAGCACACUGUACUCUCGCCAGUAUAGUGACCCCGUACCUGCAAUUAACUUUAUUAUUCUCUGCGCUCCCUUUUCUAUUUUUAAAAUUUGACGAACUUACUAUAAGAAUUGGUAGGUUCUGGAAAAAGAAUGUUGUAAAUUUUGAGGAGUUAUAGAUAUGAUUUUCUUAUCAUUGUGUAUAUACAAAGUAUAGGCUGAUCUCUUUUAAUGCUCAUCAACUGUGAGAGAAGAAUAUUAUCGCGAUUUAUAAGCAUUUGAAAUAAAAAAAGUAUUGUAAUUUAAUAACAUUCAA